AUGGACACGGAGAAUCGGCAGGAAGCUAACCAACAAGCACAGUUGGAAGAACCGGCGAAAGCCGAACUCGAAGCCAUUGGCGAUUUGACGGCUAUCGAAAAGAAGUCUUCGGACAAACACAAGAAAAAGUCCGAGAAGAAGGCAGCAUUAAAUUCGCAAGAAGACGCUGAUACAAAGUCCUUGGAGUUCACAAGAGAAGAAGUGGACUCAGCUCGCACUCCUACAGUUUAUUCGAAGAAAACCACAAAGGGGUCUACGAAAAAGUUUGGAGAAACUCGGGAUCACAAAGGAACACCAAAGGAAGCUAGUACAUCGGGAAAAAGGACCGGACAGAAAAGCAUGUACAAAACGAGCAGCUUCAUAGAUGCCCCUCCUAAAAUGCAUCUCAAAUUAGUAGAAGUUGAAGUAGAAGCGGGCAAGCCUCUAGAUCUCGUGCUUUCUACAAAUCUCGUAAUACGUACUGUCAGCAAAUACUCCAUCGCAUUUUAUAAUGUGCUGGUAGGAGAUCAGAUACUAGAGAUUAACAACAUAGCUCCAAUGAAUGUUCCGGAAUUCUUAUCCGUUAUGCAUGAAUCAGAUUCGAUGUUGAAACUACUAAUACUUCGAGCCUGGAAUGUUCAACCAGCAACAGAGGCCAGGAUGUCGUGGGUUAAAAAGCAAGAUAAUUUCUCGUAUCUUAUCGUAGAGGUAUAUCGCUUCAAGAAUCUUCGGAAUGGAUUCGACGUGAAAUUUAUCAAUAGACAAUGUCACGUGACUAGAGUGGAAAGCAACAGUCGAGGAGCCCAUGCAUUUCUGAGAGGUGAUAGGCUGCUUGAUGUGGAUUCAAUACCGAUAACCCCCGGAACUGAUCUGAAAUUUGUGCGAAUGCAGUUCAAUCGAGUUAUGGCAAGAGAGCAGAAAUGCUCCUUUCUUGUGGAAAGACCCAGCAACUUGAGGAGUAGUCCAAAUCCGAGUUGUUUUGCGAUACAGCGCCUUCCAAACGAAGAGGAAAUGGGGGACGAUGCAACAGAAAUUGGGUGUCGCGAAGCAAUGAGACAUAAGAUUCUCCACAAAAAAUUUAGACCAAUCUCGAUAUAUGGCCCCAGUCCGGAGAAGAAAGUGGAGUCAGUGAUGCAGUCGGUGAUGCAAACAGCAGAAGAUGACGAUAAUACAAAACAUACUAGAAGAUCAAGGAGGAGACUGAGGAAAGCAGCUUUGAUUAACAGAAGAAUUUCGAUUGAUACGAAGACCGAAACUUUGCGGAUGCCAUCGGAUGUCAAGGAUGAAUCCGCACUACAAAAGGUAACUCCUCACAGCGGCAUCAUUAACUUUGUUCGUAACUACAUCUAUCGCUGAGCUGAUCCUACCAGUACUUAAAAAUGAAGACAAAUAAACAUUCUUCAAUUGAC